AACUAAUCUUUCGCGUUUGGGGUUCUUGAAAUACAUUCACUUUUCAUCUUCGACCACGAGCCGAUGCAUAAAUAACAUGGCCAGCAAUAUCUUGCCAGUCGUUUUUCCGGAUUUCUUGUUAUCUGUCGUCCCAAUCAUGUGGAACAUAUCUCCCAACCUUCAGGAUUUUCCCCAUUUGAUGUUGAAACACCCGUUCAAAUAUACUCCUGUACUGGUGCAAGUGAUUUCUUAUCCAAAAACACAAUCCAACUUGAACGAGAGCACUGAAUCAGUUAGGAGACUGGAACAAGGACAUUCGCGACACUAAGGAUCGGUCAAGUAAAUGAAUUGAAACUAUGAACAACCACAUUUUGGCAUGUUAUGAGCACUACACAUUGAUCCUAUAAUAAAAAAAGAGAAAAAUAGUGCUACUUGUUCAUAUAUUCAAUGAAAAUGACAAUGUUGAUGCUACCUCUAAUCUUCAUAUUUUCAUUUUGAGUUCAGCAGGAAUUCAUGCUGAACGAAAACGCAAACUUUGCUCUUCCCCUCCUUAAAACAAGUUUGCUUGACAUUCAUUAUUACAAUACCUCAAAGACUCUGCAGAAGCAGAUUUGUAUAAAUAUCUUUUUGUUCAUCUCACAAUAUUGCGAUGGAAUGCUUCUCUGAGAACAAGUCACUGGCACAUCACCACCUGCAUUCAUUUACUGCAAUACAAUCGUUGAUAGCGAAAUGAUUAAUUUAAUAAAUAACCCAUACAUUCGUCAACUUGCAAUAGCAAGAAAAGCGUCUUUGUGACGUAUAAUUUGCGAUCAUUAUAAACUCCCCCCCCCCUACCACCCUUUCUGGGAAUCGAUAACUUCGUAGAACAGCCUAACACAUCUGCGCACGAUAAAAGUUUCUAUCGACGCGAUCUUCCAGCCGAAGGGUGGGACGGAGUGUCCACAUAGCGAUCGCCUUUGGAAAAACCUACUGAAGCGGUUUGCAAAAUUUUCGCUAUCACUCUCCGCAAUAGACUACCGCACGAAGGCGGAAAAUCGCCGCAACCAGUUCGAGCGCUGGUUUUUCUUCAGUUCGGUGGGUGAUUUCAACGCGUCAGCAGUGAACGUUUCGCCCGAUUCGCUCACCAGUGAUGAAUCGAUCUGAUUGUUGCCCGAUUUGAAAUGGAGAUCGUUGAAAUGGAGGAAGUCGCUGCGCAGCGUAAGCUGCUGGAUCAGAUGGCCCUUGAGUUCACCAACAUAAGCUACAAAGGGGAGCUGAAAGGUGAUAAGCGGAAAACAAUUUUGGAAAACGUAUCCGGCCGAUUCAGUCCUGCGAGAUUGACGGCGAUACUUGGCCCCUCCGGGGCCGGGAAAUCAUCCCUGCUGAACAUUCUCUCAGGGUUCAAGAAACAUGGAGUCAUCGGGUCGGUCAUGGUGAACGGAGAAACGCUAACCGACGAAGCGUUCAGAAACAAAUGUGUCUACAUUCCGCAGGAUUUUCAACUAAUCGAGCACCUGACGGUGCUGGAGACCAUCGAUUACGCUUCCGAGCUGAAGAUGAGUGGAUUUAGCUCGAAGAUGGUUCGCAAGAAGAAGGUGAACGAUAUUCUGGAUGCCCUGGGAUUGCGUCCCAGCAUGGGAACCUUGGUGAAACAUCUCUCCGGCGGAGAGAAGAAACGAGUCUCGAUCGGGAUGGAGUUGAUAACGAAUCCGCCAAUCAUUCUGCUGGAUGAACCGACCAGCGGAUUGGAUAGUGUUUCUGCGAUGCAAUUAGUGAGCUACAUAAAGCAGCUCGCGAGGGAAGGCAGGACGAUCGUUAGUGUGAUUCACCAACCGGCUUCUAAUUUAUUCCAACUGUUCGACGACUUGUUUCUACUGUCCGCUGGGAAGUGUGUCUACAGCGGACCGAUUGGGUCAAUGGUUGAGAGCUUCGCUGAAGCGGGCUUUCGUUGUCCCAAAUACUAUAACAGAGCCGAUUUUGCUCUCGAGGUUGCAUCGAUGCCAAGCUGUGCCGGAACCGAUUUACUGAUUUUAAAAUACAACAAUUCCGAUGUCUACGUGAGGAAAUCCAUCGAGGAAGAUCACGCAGUAAGAAAUAGCAUACACACCCCGUACAAAGACACUUGCAUAGUCGCCAAAUCGAGACGGAGAUAUCCGACUCCGCAAUGGAAACAGUUCUGGAUUUUGCUCAGGCGUUCGCUACGUUCGACGACUAGAGAUUUCUUUUUCGCACAACUCCGCGUGAUCGCCCACAUAAUCGUUGGAUUUCUGCUAGGGAUUGUCUUCUACGACUCCGGGAAGGAUGCCUCUUCGGUUAUGACCAGCACCGCAGCUAUAUUCUUCUUCCAUAUGUUCAUCUUCUUCGGCAAUGCUAUGCCCUGCACUAUUACUUUUCCCCUGGAAACGAAGAUCUUCGUCCGCGAGCACCUUAACAGCUGGUACUCUCUGGAAGCCUACUACCUAGCGAAGAUUUUCUCCGACCUCCCACUCCAAGUCCUCUGCCCGACGCUCUUCACAGUGAUCUCCUACUUCCUCACUGGCCAACCGAUGGAACUAUUCCGCUUCGGCAUGUUCUGGGCCGUGUGUCUGCUGCUGGGGAUGUUCGCCCAAACAGUGGGCCUGCUUUCCGGAGCAACAUUCGACAUCCAGAUGGCGACAUUCUUCGUGCCAUGCCUGAGCAUACCAGCGCUGCUUUUCUCCGGAUUCUUCGUGAAAACCUACGAGCUGCUGGGUUUCCUCCAACCACUUUCCUAUACAUCGUUUUUCCGCUACAGUUUGCAGGGAUCGCUGCAGGCCAUCUACGGAUACAAUCGGACGGAUUUUCCCUGCUCCCAGAUCGUGUGCUACUACAACAAACCGAGCAAGUAUCUGCGCUUCAUGGACACUCCGGAGGAGGGCAUCGAGCUGAAUGUAUACGCUCUGCUGGGAUUCAUCGCGCUGUUUCAGGCGAUGCUGUAUUUCUCGCUCCGGAGGCGGUUGAGAAUUUUCCAGUGACCUUAGUGAGAGAAAAGUAUACAAAUGAGUAGAAUAAGAAUACACUUUCAAACCAACGAUGAUAGAAUAAAACCUUUUGAUAUUUUUGAUAUCUGAUUGUAGAUAGAUGAAUAUGAAUUAGUGAAUGAAUGUGAGAUCAUUGUUUGCUAUUUGUUUCAUUGAAAACGUUGGCAGCUAUGUUAUUCACUGCACGUGAAUUUUCAACUACACUAUUAGUAGAAGUAGAAGAGUCUGUGCCUAGAGGUACGAACGUAGGACUUUUAAUAUUGGGGACAACUGCUUUUGAAUUGUGUUUUUGUAACUGUUCAAAAAUAUAUAGUAAACUGUUAAACAAA